AUCGAGUUCAAAGGAGGACAGAGGAUCGUAAUAUGCGAGUACGUGUGGCACUGGUGGUUUUGCGAGGAAAGAGACGACUAUUCGGCCUGAAUUUCCAUACUGAAGUUUAAUUUCAAGCAUUUAAUGCGCAAGGAAUCGAUCAAGUGGCUAUGGAGGUCAGCCGAAGGAAAGAAAAUUUAUUUGUCUUGAUCAUUUUCGCGGAAUCUUUAGCAUGUUUUCGCGGGUAAUUUUUGGACGGACUGCGCGUGCGCUUUGGAGGCUCAAGCCCUUAUGGACCAACCAGAGUCCACUAUUCAGAACACACGAGGGUUCAGUUAGGUGCUCCAGCAUGGCGGAUGCCGGUGGCGACGGAAACAUUAGCAAGAAGUACGUUAUAUUUCUCGUAUAAAUUUAAAUCAGUCGACCUCCAAACUUUUACUGAAUGUUUAAUAAUUAUCUCUGAUAACAGCGAGCUAAAGAGAAGGCUCAAAGCAGAGAAGAAAGCUAAGGAGAAGGAGGCGAAACAAGCGGAGGUAAGGCUCCGACUAUAUUUUGGAUUCAAGCGAUUUAGUCACGGAAACACGUGGUUACAUUCGACCCAUUCCACCUUUCUUUGUUUUAAAGGCGCCUAGCUCUCAAGCAGCUGAGAACAAGAAGAAAGAUGAAUUAGACGAAGAAUCAUUGGAUCCAAACGUAAGAGGAAGUUACUUUCGCUUUUUCAUUCAUAACCUAAUUAUUUUUUUCCAUUGAUUGUGUAGGCCUACAUUACUGUACAUUUGAUAUAUUUGCUUCUUCAAUUCCUUUCUGAAAACUAAAUUAUUUUAUUUAUUUUAAAGUAGUCCAUAAACGAUUUGUCAUUUUUCUGAUGCAAUCCAUUCUCAGAAAAAAUCUCAACUUCCGUAUAAAUAAGUUGUUGCCUCAUUAUUUCAUCACCCUUGACCGAGGUUAAAGUUUCACUUGAAGUUAAAUAUUACAUCCAUGCAGAGGGCCUUUAAAUAUCGCCAAGUGAAGUAAUCCUCACACCUCUUAACUUUUGCUUUCUCUCGAUUCUCGCGCAAGAGAAACGCAGCCUGGCUUGAGUUGAGCUUGACCUUCAAGAACAUAAAAGGGUCCCAGUUGCUUUUCCAUAACGGGCUUCCGAUGGUGUUUUAGGCGGCUUUGCCCGGAAAGUAGCCGUGAGGCAAAUCCCAUACACGAGAGCUUGCUCACAGGCCAUGAGGUUUUACUGGCAGCGGUAGACCUGCCUUUUUUGAAAAUCCCAGCAUAUGCUCCUUAAAUUUUUCCUAAAAUUUUUACUUUUUUUCAUUGCAAUUUUUAUACUUAACUUUUUAGGUGUUAAAUUUGUAGGGUAUGUCAGUGACAAGUCAAGUCUUUUUUAUAAUUUAAAUAACAAUCGUGGCUGCUGUCAAUGGGUGAUAAUAUUUGAUUUAUAGAAUACAGCUUGCAAAAUGUUGUUUCUUUUUUGAGAAAGUGUUUUGCUAAUCUUUGCUUCGUUUGUCUUGUAGCAAUACUUUAAAAUCCGAAGCCAAGCUAUACAAGCUCUGAAGGCUAGUAACGAUUCUCCAUACCCUCACAAGUUUCAUGUAUCCAUCUCAUUAACGGAAUUCAUUGAAAAGUACAAAGAUGUCGCUGAUGGGACAUGGUCAGAUGAUGUGGUUUCUGUUAGUGGUGAGUUGGAAAAAGUGAUACUAAUUGAUAAAUACUUGAAACUUUUUUUUAAGAUAUUAUUUCCUGGACAUAAUAGGUAUUUGUGGAAUUCCUUGUUAACAUCACUGGUUUAACAUCUUUUUCAAGAAGAUUUCCUCCCCGAUAUAAAAAGAAAAUGCUACCGAGUCUGUAUCACAAACAAGUCACAGACUUCCACUCAUUCCUCCUUUUUCCAUUCUCCCUCCUCCCUUUUAAUCUACAGUUCAGGUGUUUGGAGUGAUUUUUUUGCUUAAUAUUGACUCCCUGUCCCUUUUGAUUUAACCUUUCUUUGGGAGUCAUGGGUCUAGAGGUUGUCUUGCUCAACUCAGGAUCCAAGAUCUGAGUCAAAUUUGGCCAAGGUCAUUGUGCUGCUUUCCUGAAAAGACAUUCAUGCUCACAGUGCCUGUCAGGGAUACUUGUUGGAUUGAUAUUGGGUAACCUGUAAUGAAUUCCCUCAUCUAAAGGGACUUUUCACAAUUCCCUUUGUUGCUUCUCCUUUUUCUUCAAAAACAAAGAACAGCCUUGGCAGCUGUGAAAGCUAGUCUUUACACAGGCUUUGCCCUUUUAUUUUUCUUUAUUGCUUACAAUUGUUAACCAUUAUGUAUAAUUUACCUAAAGCUACUUAGAUCUCCCCAUCAGAAUACAUCAAUAAUCCUUCAGCUGCAGCUUGCUUUUAAAAAAUUGAAAGUUUCUUGAUGGCUUUACCUUAUCUUUUUUUCUCAACAGGUAGAAUCCAUGCAAAACGUCUGUCUGGUGCUAAGCUAAUAUUUUAUGAUUUGAGAGGAGAAGGAGUGAAGAUUCAGGUAAUGGCAGAUGCUAGAGCUGCUGAACAAGAUUUUGUCGAGGUCCACAAUAAGAUUAGACGUGGUGAUAUAAUUGGAAUCCGUGGAAAACCAGGUAUCUUAAUUAGUUCAGUUUAAAUUUCUUUGUUUUGUAUUGUUUUUUUAUAUACCUUAGCUUUGAUAAAGUGCUUGAUAAGGAAUUUAUAAACAUUCUUUUUCAAUAAUUUCUAUUGACUAAGAGUAGUUCUAGUUUGUAUCAGGAUUUUUAACUGUCAUUUGAUUGCUUGAUGUUAAAUUAUGGCACCUGAAUAUACAAAAAACUGACCCCCAAGAUAUUCAUUUUCCAUUAGGCAAAACAAAGAAGGGUGAAUUGAGCAUCCUGCCAUCAGAAGUUCAAUUGCUAUCACCUUGUCUGCAUAUGCUCCCUCAUCUUCACUUUGGAUUGAAGGAUAAGGUAUCCACUCUAACAUUUCGCAUUGCAGAAUUAAAGCUUUUCUUAUUGUAGUCUAUAUUAGAGUUUGAAUGCCUUUAGCUUUGGUGUGCUUCAGAGAUUUCCUGUGCCUAUAAAUCCACCAUUGUGAAACUGGAGUACAUUGUGCUUAAGUGCAAUCAAACCUACGUUCGACCAGAAGAAUGAUGUAAAUUUGAUUAACCCCUAACAGUUGUUUUGGCUUAGCUGACUCAAUGUUUAGGGUGAAGAUUGUCCAUUGUUUUCAUGUCACUUUUGGGCAUACAUUACACUGUUAUGGGGGAGAGAGAGAGGACACAAGAGUUCUGUGGGCAGAUUAUUAGUUAGGUGGCAAAAUUGCAAUUGUUGUCAUAGUUUUCUGAUAUGAUUAGAGUGUUACCAAAUGUACAAUUUCUUCUGUUUUUUUUUUGUAGGAAACAAGAUAUAGACAGCGUUAUCUGGAUCUCAUUCUCAAUGACAAAGUGCGGCAAAAAUUUAUUGUCAGAGCAAAGAUCAUCAAUUACGUUCGGAAGUUUCUUGACAAUUUGGGCUUUCUUGAAGUAAGUGGAUUUCAAUGGUACCAUGCCUUAAAAUGCCCAGAUGAGAGAUACACCCAUAAGAUAUAAGGUCUGCAGACCAUUUUUACCUGGGAAACCUUGACAUUUCUGGAAAACUUUUGAAGAGUCACUUAGUAUAUAGCAUUACUGAAUUACUUUAGAUGUUUGAAAUAUGAAUUAAAUGGGUACUUUGUAUAUGAAAUCAUAAACCACACUGCAACUUAUUCAUAGACCAGAUGAUUUUAUGAUGAACUGAAUCUAGAUUUUGAACAUGUUGCCUUAAAACUUAAUAUCUAUUUGCCUAUCACAAUCAAAAGUCAGCAAUUGCAAUUGGAUCUCAAGACCACAAAAGUAUGACUGUUCCUGCAUGCUCAAUUGGCUUUUGCAGCCACACAUUUUAAAAUGGUUUUGAAUAUUCCUGAUGUUCAUGAUUUUUCGAGUUUAACAAUAAUUUGUUACAGUCUUAUGAUAAAAGAAUGUGAAUGAAGCAAUUAUUAUAAGCAAUCAGUUCUUGCCACUAGGUAGAAACACCACUGAUGAACAUGAUUCCAGGAGGAGCUGCAGCCAAACCUUUCAUCACACACCACAAUGACCUGAAUAUGGAUCUCUACAUGAGAGUUGCUCCUGAACUGUAUCACAAAGUAAGCAAGAUAGUGUCACUAAUUUUCAGCACUGCCUGGUACUGAACUCAUGAGGAUUGUGGAUUAAGACAUCCCAAGGGUGUUGUCCUGCUCAUGAGCCAAGUAAACUGCAUCAGCUUAUUUGGGCGUGAGAUACAUGUAACUAGUGGUACUGAUAUCCCCUGUCACUGAGGCUACCCUGGACGUUCACUUUUUUGUAUUCAUACACUUAGGUAGAGAGAGGCACUAUGAGAAUAAAGUAUAGUGCCAUGAGUGUUCAUGAAGAAAUGUUCUUGCUUGUGCCACAAAUGUGGUCAAUUGAAUGUGUUUAAGAAUUGUUCAGCAAUUUUUUUUGGAAACUUGGCACAAGUGUUUUGUACAAUGUUGUUAUUUGCUAUAAUUGAUCACUGUAUCCAUGGUAAGGAGUUAAACUGCACAUGUGUUUGUGUCAUGAGGUGUUAAAUAGACUGUUUGGAACUGCUAAGGGACCACUUUGAAUGACAUAUGAAUGACUUGGAUGUUUUGGAUCUUUUUGUUUAUUGGACUAUUUUUUAAGAGAAGACCUAAAGGACAGGUGUGGUUUCUGAAGGAAAAACUAACUUGUUUGAUUUUAUCUUCUCUUUAGAUGCUUGUUGUUGGAGGAAUUGAUAGAGUGUAUGAAAUUGGAAGGCAGUUUAGGAAUGAAGGUACCUGAUGAGACAAAUUAUUUACACAUCUAUAUCAAACAUGUUGUGCUUCAGCACUUGUUAAAAUCAAAGUGAAAACAAUAUGUUAGACUUGGGUGUUUCCUUUCUCAAGAAUGUUAUACUGUAAAGCAAAGUGGGUCUAGGGUAAGCUUAAUAACUGAGUUUUGAGACAGGGCUGUGUCUGCAUAUUAGGUCUUCUAGCUCAGAGCUAAGAAAGUGGUCAUGUGGUGACCUCAGAGUCAGAAUAAGGUAACCAGGAAAAGAAUACUAGUUGUUAGGGAUGAGAAUGGAGUGCUUUGUUCUCUCAUGUAAACACACCUAUUGACCAAUGAGAGCAUGUUUAAUGGUUAUUUCAUGUCUUUGUUUCCUGCAGGUAUUGAUAUGACUCAUAACCCAGAGUUCACCACUUGCGAGUUCUAUAUGGCCUAUGCAGAUUACAAUGAUCUUAUGGAGCUUACAGAAGUUAUGUUGUCUGGUAAGUCGCAAUGCUGACCUAUUCUCUUACUUUCCUUAUGUUAACUUCUUAAAAGUAUGCAAGUAAGUAAUUCUGUAGAACAAAAUAUCAAGUAUCAGUCAUCUAUACUGAAAAUAUUUUGGCUUAUCUAAAAGAAUAUAACUACAUAAGAUGGUAUUUCCGAACUAGUUCAUGUAAUGUUGCUCAGUUUCUAAAGAUUAUUAUGGAGCAUAUUGCACAGAAAAAGGUUGUUAACUCAAAGAAAAAAAACAGUUUGAAAAUGCCCUCAUAGAUUGAUGACCAAGCAUAUAUUUUAUUAUGUUUUUCAGGAAUGGUCAAGUCACUAACAGGGGGUUAUGUGGUUACAUAUCAUCCGAAUGCAACUGAUCCUGAAAACCUUGGUGAACCUCUGACAGUAGACUUUACUCCACCCUUUAAAAGGGUUCACAUGGUACCUGAUCUUGAAAAGGCAUUGAAUGUCAAGCUGCCUCCCCCAUCUGAGUUUGGCACAUCAGGUAACACUUCAAGACUUUUGACUUCAUCUAAAUAACAAUCCUCUCUUUCUGUGAAUGCCAGUUACACCCCAAGAAAGUUAUAUAAUUUUACAUUCUGCUGUAUGUUAAACCAUGUAAUUUGCAUUUAUGAUAUAUUACUGAUUACUUUCAGAGACAAGGCAGAUUUUAGAUGAUUUGUGCAUCAAACACAAUGUGGAUUGCAGUUCUCCGAGAACCAUUACAAGACUGUUAGACAAAGUUAGCCUCAAUUCAUCUCUUUGUGAUAAAUUUUAUACUUGUAUUUUAACCGUAUAUCAAAUGUGUUUCAGUUAGUGGGCUGGAGAAUUUUUGAAUAGGGAAAUUUUUGCUUGUAAGUGUGGAAAUUUUUUUGUUAAAGCAGCAGGGAGGCAAAGAAAGAUUAUGAUUUCCAAAUGUUAAUGUGAAUACUGGUUGAGUUUUCAAGGGGAAAUGCAUGAUACAUGAACAGAUAUUAUAAAUGGAAUAAGCUGAGCUGCUGUAAGAGAUAUUCAGAGUAUAAUGUUGCUGCUUCGUGUAAAGUUAUGUUAUGGUAGUACACCUUGCUGGGCAAGUGACAUAGCUACUCAGCUGUGACUGUCAACAUAAUCAUGCGAGGUUAGAUUGAAUUCCAAGUUCAUCACAGCUCUUCCGUUAUGAUGGAAUUAAGCUGUUUCAUGCCUUGGAGACAAAACAUUCAGUCAUGCACUUGUGAGAAACUAAGGACUCUUGUGACAAGCGUUUUUUACAAGAUGUUUUAUUGGUCCUAAAGAGCUUAGCACAGUGCAACAAAUCAAUAUUCAGACAAUUAGCUUGUUGUUGGAUAAGGAUGCUGAAAGAUAUUGGAACUCUGCAGCCUUAGAACCAUUACAAAUGACUUACUUCCUUUUUUCAUUUGACAGCUUGUUGGUGAAUUUCUGGAAGAGACCUGUGUCAAUCCAACUUUCAUCAUUGAUCAUCCUCAAAUAAUGAGCCCACUUUCAAAGUGGUAAGUAACAUGCAUAAAUCAGAACAAUUUUGAUAUUUGGAUUUCUAUAAACACUCAGUGAGUAGAUCAAUAGACUGUCCUCUCCUAGUUGCAUGAUGUCUUAAGAACCAGGGUAGUGUCAGUGGGUUUGGGCCACUUGGCUUGUGUGCAAGACCUCUCUUAAACCUCACCAGGCAUGUUUGCUGUAGUUCAGUUACUGCAGACUAUUUCACGUGAGGUGAUAGGAUCAUCCUUGUUGCAUUCAUUUGCUGCCACCUGAAAGCACUGAGUAAGUGAUGGCUUGGGUGCUCAUGGGAACAUAUUUUUACAACUAGAAGAAAACUAAAAACAUUACUAAACAGGGCACAUUAUUGGUGACCCAACCUCAAAGCUUUUCUUCUCCCCUGCUGUCCAGCAACGUAACAAAUUUUUAAUAAUUUCAUUAUUUCCUUGUUUUCUGGUCAGGCAUAGAUCUGUCCCUGGCCUUUCUGAGAGAUUUGAGCUCUUUGUUUGCCGUAAAGAGGUGUGCAAUGCGUACACAGAAUUGAAUGAUCCUGUUGUACAGAGGGAGAUGUUUCAGCUUCAAGCCAAGGUAAACAGAAAUUCUUUUUCUUCAGCAGAGCGCUUCUGAUGGAGUGUCGUAAAACCAAAACCAAAGUAAUCACAAUGGCCAAUCAAAAGAAAGGAAUAUACCUUUAACCCUUUAACUCCCUUGAGUGACCAAGACAGAAUUUCUCCCUACAUUAUCCAUACAAUUUUGAGCAGACUAGUGAUGAGAAUAAAGAGAAAUAUCAAUUAGGGGACCACAAGUUGAUCUAACACCAAAUUCUCCAAACUAACAUCGUAAGAACUGUAUGGGAGACAGUAAGGAGAAUUACUAAUAAGAUCUUGGAAGUUAAGGGGUUAAGAGCUAAUGAGAACUUGAAGUAAAACCAACCACACUGCCUGGAUCAAUCACAGAGCGAAGUAAGCAAAACCAAAGGAAUCAUGUAUUGACUUCCAACACUCAAUUGAAAAUUGCUCUAUCCAGGGAAGGUUGAGAAAGUCAAAUCACUAUUUUUUCAAACUAUUUUACCAUUGUGAUAUUUUUUGAUUGUGUAAUUAUGUAUAACUCCAACCUUACUUGGGCAUGUAUCAUAGCUUAAUGGCAAUGAUUGUCAACUAAAUCAUGUGAGGUCAAAGUAAUUUCCAAGUUCAUCACAGCAUGUUCUUUGUAAUGGACAUAAACUGUUUCAUGCCUUGGAGACAUAUAGGAAAUUUUCCCAUUGUGCCUUGAAUGUCUGAGACUUAUCUUCUAGUUGGGAGGUGAACUCAACACACAAGUGCAGAAGAUGGGCAUCUUUAAUGGUGACGUUUUAAAAACUGGGUCGUCAAAUAAAGUAAUCACAACUUCUUUCCAAAUACAAGAAAAUAACUCAUCAGCAUGCCUCUUUUUUUUUUUGUUUACAUAUGGGCAACAGGGGGAAAAUUGUUCAUAUUACACUUAAUGUCUGACAGGAGUUGUGCUGGCCUGUCAGCACAUUUUACUAGGCUUAAAGAAAGGAAAAAGUGAGAAUAUUACACUUUCCUGAGAAAAAAUGCUGUUGGGAAUUUGAUUGGACUUAAUAUUGAUCCUUUCACUAUACAACACUUUUAGAAAGUCUAGCUGAGUUGUGUCCACCUUAGUUGCUUAAAUUAAUUUUGUUCCUGUAGGAUAAAGACGCUGGUGAUGAUGAGGCAAUGUUCGUGGAUGAAAACUUUUGCACAGCUCUUGAGUAUGGCUUGCCACCCACAGCUGGUUGGGGUAUGGGGAUAGACAGACUCACAAUGUUCCUUACGGAUUCAAAUAACAUCAAGGUUUGUUUUAUUUUGUUUAUUUUGCCUUUUCUUUUUCCAUCUUUAAUUUUGAUACCCUACUUCUGGUGUCAUCUCACUCUGGAACUAAAAAUAAAGAGACCUAUACAGCUCUUUAAACAAGGUCGGGGGGGGGGGGAAGUCUAAGAGUGCACGUUACCCUCCUUCCCAGCCCAGUAAAAAAUUGAAAACCGUAGGAAAACAGCUCAAAGUUUUCUUUAAUCUCGCAAAAAUGCUUUUCGAGACUCUCCCCCUCCCAUAAAAAAAAAUUGCCCUUGGGAUGCUCCUUUCCCCAAAAACAUGCUCUUGGGGCCCUCCCCUCCAUAAACGAAUGCUGUUGAGGCCCCUACUUGAGAAUUCUUGCCUCUCCUUGAAACACUGGCUACAUAUUUUCUUUUUAUUAUCAUUAUUUUUUAUUAUUUUAACUUUUUUUUAGCAUCUUUCAAACCUGCUAUACUACAGAAUGAGCAACAUCAGUUAAAGUAACGUGUUUAUUUUAAUUGCACUGUUGUUCUGUUUGUUGUAGGAGGUACUAUUUUUCCCAGCUAUGAAACCAGAUGAGAGCGGAACGGCAGAUCAGGAUAAACCAGGAGCCAAUCCCGGAGAAAACGAGAAAAAUUGAUAUUAAAACUUUUUUCCCAUGCCAGAGCAUAAACAGUUUUACAUCAAAAAAGAAAUCCAUGUAAUGGACACUUCCAAUUACAAUUUUUAGACAACACGAAUGUAUGGCGAUCAAAAGAGUAGAUUGAAAUCAAACAGCCUCUGAUGAACUCCAAAGCUCUCUCCUACGGGGAUAGAGUUAAAGGAUAAUCAUUUUAACUUUUUGUAGUGUGCUACAUCAGCAAACAGUUAGGAAUUCUCUAAAUUUUGUUUUUGCACGUCAAAUUCUCGUUAAGGCUGAUCAGUGUUGUUAUUGUUGUUUCCAAUAUGAAGUCGAAAGUAUAUCAAAAGAUACUUGAAGUUCCUCUAUGGAAAUGAGGAUAAGAGUGACCUUUGAUAUAAAAUUAAUUUUUAUUCCCAUGCAGAUGAACUCAUUUUCAUAAUGUUCAAGUUUUGCUCUUGGCCUCAUUUUGUUCAGACCUUUAAAGUGACCUAUAAAUUGGAGCCAGUCCGUUUUCCAAUCUUGAAGCUUUAUCUAAUUUUUCACGAAAUUACUAAAAUCAAACUAUAAUGUCAAUAAAGAGGAAAUUUGAAGAAGGCAGUGGUUCCAAGUUGAUUUUAUUCAACAUUACAGUUAAGCCCCCCUACAAGAUCUGAUAACUCUCUUUCGCUUCCACAAGACUCUUUAAUCAUUGAUCCGAUCAGAUGAAAGCUUCAUCAAAGUGGAAAAGAAGCAGGUAAACUUUGUCAAAUACUCACCUUUAAUUAAAGGUGCUGUCGUUAACUAAAGCUUAUCCACUCGAUUCAACUGGUCAAAUAAGUUUAGAUGACGGGAUGGCUCUCGGUUACCGAAAGGCAUAUUCGACAAACAAAUGUCACGAC